UCAACUUCUGCUACAACGAAGAGGACACGAAUACCAACUGAAACCACCAUGUUUUACAGUGUACUAGCAAUCCUGGCUAUGGCAUGCAUGGCUGCUGCCAAUCCAGAUGGGCACGGAAAAGGAGGGAAGCACGGAUAUGGGGAACCUCUGCCAUACUACUACGGGUACCACGUCAGCGGGGACUACAAGGGCCCCCACUUCCACCACGACGAGAAGUCUGACGGAAAGGCUGUUUACGGAUCCUACACCGUCGCUCUCCCCGACGGGCGAAAACAACACGUAAAAUAUUCAGCCGAUCACUACAAAGGCUUCGUCGCCCACGUCAGCUACAAAGGGAAGGCUCAACACCCAUCCUACUACGGACCUGCCGUCGUUUUCGAUCAUCACAAGGGAGGCUACCACUGAAAUAUGAAAAUAAUAUUUCUCUAAAUCCUGGGUUCCAACUUGGAAUCUCCAUUCUGUAUUUAAGACUAUAUUCUCUGUAAAUAAAA